AUGCGGCAGUGCCGACGAUGGAGUUCGAUUCUGGCGACGCCAACAUCCAGCGACCGCCUCAGAGUGGGGCAAGCGGACGCCAGAGGCAGUGAGGUGUCGGCGGAGGCGCUGGUGGUCGCCAACAGCAACACCGAUGACGAUGCGAGGCGGGUGCGGAGGGAUUUUCUUAAGACAUUAUUAUUUGUUUGUACUACAGUAGCUGUGCUGAUUCUUUUUCACCAUGGUCUUUGCUGGCCAGACAAGCACUUGACUCAGAAUGCUUAUGAGGAAGUUGCAAAAGAUUUCAAAGUCAGAACAGGUCUGGAGUACACCAAGCUCCAACUGAAGAACAAGUGGGAUAAGUUGAAGACUGAUUACAGCAAUUUCAGAAAACUCAAAUUGAAGGAGACCGGUGGUGGGUGGGACUAUGAGAGAAACACCAUCAAACAAGAUGCUGAAUGGUGGAAGAAAGCAAAGAUAGACAUCCCUGGCCGUGGCAAGUUCCGAAAGCGUGGACUUCAAAAUGAGAAUAACUUAUCUAUCAUGUUUGCUGACAUCACGAGUGAUGGUAUAGAUCACUGGAAUCUUGCUUCAGGCACCAUUCCCCAAUCUAGCAGUGCAACUUCUAUUUUCAAUGUGGACGACAUACAAGAUGUUGAUCUGGAGGAGACCCAAACAGGUGAGUCACAUGCUGAUGGAAAAGGGAAGAGACUUGGGAGGUAUGUGGAUGGCAAUAACAAGAAGCCAAAGACAUCUCUCGUUAUACAAGAACAGAUAACCAGGGUUGGAGAUAUAGCAGAGAGGACCCAAUCCAGCUUUGAGUCAUACAUGAAGAAAGAAGAGAGUUCAUCGAUUACUUCUGUGAUGGAUCUGGUUGUUGAGUGCGGUGCAAUAGUAGGAAGUGAUGAAUAUUUCAUUGCUAGUGAACUAUUUGUGAAGCGAGAGCAGAGAGAGAUGUUCUUGCAUAUGACGGAAAGUGCUGCUCGUUUAGAUUGGUUGCGUAGGAAAUACAACACCAAGUAUGGGCAUUAG